UAUUAAUAUAAGCAGCGCUGCCGCUGCGGUGGAUUCGUUGGAUUCUACUGGCGGAUCGUGGGCCUGUCCGCUGCAUUCGUGAUUUCGCCCGUGGAGUUGCACAUCGUGUCUCUAUAGCUGGCCAGAAAAUCCCGACUGCAAGAUGAAUGUGGAGAAGCUGAAGCGCCUGCAGGCCCAGGUUCGGAUCGGAGGGAAGGGCACUCCCCGGCGGAAGAAGAAGGUCAUGCACCAGACGGCGGCCACCGACGACAAGAAGCUGCAGAGCUCCCUCAAGAAGCUGUCGGUGAGCACGAUCCCGGGCAUCGAGGAGGUCAACAUCAUCAAGGAUGACCUCACGGUGAUCCACUUCAACAACCCCAAGGCGCAGGCCUCCCUGUCGGCCAACACCUUCGCCGUCACGGGUCACGGGGAGACCCGGAAGGUGGUGGAAAUGCUGCCGGACAUCCUGCCCCAGCUGGGCCAGGAGACAGUCGUCCAGCUGCGGAUGUACGCUAACGCCAUUAACAGCCAGAAGGGCGGUGCACCCGGCGAGGGACCCCUUCCCGCCGAGGAGGACGAUGACGUGCCCCAGCUGGUGGGUGACUUCGAUGAGGUGGCCAAGGUGGAGGCCACCGCAAAGCAGCCGGAACAGGCGCCAAAGGAUUCGGUGGAAAACAAACAAAAGGACACGGCACAGCAGCAGUCCAAGAAGGAUCAAAAGCAGCCACAGAAGACGGCAGAGAACAAACCCAACGAAAAACCCAAGGAGAAACAGGACAACAAGAAGGGUCAGGCCAAAGACACCAAGAAGAACGAUCAGCAGGGCAACAAGAAAAAGCCAAAUAAGAACAAGGAUCAGGACAAGGGCCAACCAGCUCCUCAGGCUAACAAAGAAAAGACACAAGCUGCGGGGACUCCAAAGCAGGAAACUCCAAGGAAGGAAGCUCCAAAGCAGGAAUUAUUAAAGCAGGAAGCUCAAAAGCAGGAACCACCAAAGCAGGAACCACCAAAGCUGGCAGCUCAAAAGCAAGAAGCUCCGAAGCAGGUUGUUUCCAAGCCAGCGGCGGAACAAAAGAAGGAGCAGCCCCAACCCGCUGAGCAGAAGAUUGAAACCAAGCCGGUGGAGCAAACCAAGCCCAUAGAAACCAAACCCGCUGAAAAAAAAGUGGAACCACCUAAACAGUCUGAGAAGCCGGCGGAGAAACCGAAGCAGGUUGAGCAGCCCAAAGCCACAGAACCGAAGGUGGAACAGCCAAAACCAACUGGACAGCAAGUGGAUCAGAAUGCCCAACCCAAACCCACUGAACAAAAGGUGGAACAGCCAAGGCAGGCGGAGCAAAGGAUUGAAGCCAAACCAGCGGAGCAAAAGCCCCAAGCACAGAAGGAGACUCCUGGGAAGGCGGCUACGCCCCCUGCUGUGCAGACUCUCGCCCAGAUCGUGGCCUCAGAGCCACCCAAGCAGACAACUCCUCCAGAUAAACCAGCCGGCGAGGUGGCAACCACACCUAAAAUUGAAGAGCAGAAGGAGUCGCCUCCUCCAGCUAAGUUGGAGCCAACGAUUCCCCCAGCUGCACCUGUUGCGGCUGCAGAGCCACCAAAGAGUGCUCCUAAGCAGGAAUCACCACCAAAGAGCGCUCCUAAGCAGGAAUCACCUCCAAAAAGUGCUCCCAAACAGGAGUCACCUCCAAAGAGUGCUGCCAAACAACCUUCUCCUCCUAAGAGCACCCAGGACAAACCGGUUGUAACAGAAAAACCUAAACAAAAGACUCCUCCACCAGCCAAGCAGGUUACACCACCAGCAGAAGUGCCCAAAACGCCAGCUCCAGAACCUAUCAAGGCGCCCUCUCCAGAAGCUAUCAAGACGGCCGCUCCAGAAGUUUCCAACGCACAGGUUGCUCGGGCCCCAGCCAAAGCUCAAGAUCUGACUGCUGAUUCGUCCAAGAAGGAGACACCGCCUCCCGCCAAGCCAGUGACGCCCCCAGCUCCAGUGGCCUCGGCCACUCCUGCAGAGGCGCCAUCUCCUCUGGCCCCCUCCACUCCGCCCUCGACUCCCACAUCCGCGCCACCUUCUGCGGCAGCUGUGACUCCGCCAUCUCCCGCCGCAGUGACCCCGCCGUCGCCUGCUGCAGUCACUCCGCCCCAGAAACAGGCUGCGGCUCCCCAGGCGCAGAAUGCCAAGAAGCAGGAGGCGGGAGGACCGAAGCCAAAGCAGCAGCAACCAGCCAACAAGCCGCAGCAAGCGCAGAAGCAGCCACCGGGAGGAGCAGCUGGAGCAGGUGGACCAGGGGGAAACAAGCCCCAGCAGAAACAGCCGAAUCCCAAUGCCAAUGCCAAGCCAGCAGUUGCUCCGAAGCCGGCCCAGGCUGCAGGAAAGCCAGCCCCUGCAUCCCCGAAAGCAGCUCCCAACCAGCCAGCUCAACAGCAGGGAAAACCAGCGGGCAAGGCCUCUCCUCCCAAGCAAACGGGACCAACUGGAGGACAGCAGAAGCCAGCGGCGAACUCGCCGAAGCCCACGCCCUCUCCAAAGGCAGGUGGCUCCCCGAAAGCCGCCUCCCCCAAGGCCGGAACCCCUCCCAAUCCCAAUCCCUCUGCCGCCCCUGCAGGCCCCAAUUGACACUCCUUUCAUCUCAUUUUCAAUCGGCUCCCUUGCAUUU